AUGGCAAGCCUCUGGACACGGUUCCGUGGCGGCCCCUUUUCUGAGGACAGAGGCUGCACCCCCAUGCGCAACCUGGAGCUCUACCAGAUACCCUACCAUCUGGCGGUGGAGGGAAGCCGCAGGGUGGACGGGCCGGGGUCGUUGGUGCACCUGUGCGGCAAGGCCGUGGUGCGCGACCCGGCCUAUGCUGCCGAGGUGCGCCAACGAAAGAACGAAAACGAAGCCCAGAAGAGCGAGAAGCCCGGCGAGAGCGAGCAGUCAUCGAAGAAGCUCGAUGUGCUCCCCGCGGAGUUGGUGAGCUACCUGUGUCGGAUGUACACGUGCCGUCUGUGCAAAGAGCCGACGUGCGAGGAGGGCCACAGGGUCGAGUGCUGCCCGCCCUGCAGUCAUCGAAUCAGUGCGUGCAAUGAGUGCAGCUCGCCCACGAACCUCUGGCUCUGCCUCACCUGUGGCCACCUUGGCUGCGGCCGAGCAAGUAGUCGCCACGCGGUGACCCACAACGAGGCCACCAACCACCCGCUCGUCCUGCAACUGGCCAAUCCCGGCAGAGAACCCGGAGAACUGUGGUGUUAUUCCUGCGAUACCUGGCACUCCUACGGAGGACCGACGCUUCGUGAGUGGCUCGCCACGCUGGGCGUCCCGUUCGACCUGCUCACCAUGCCCUCUUGA